UGUCUUCUCAACACAUGGCGUGAUGAGGGCAUUGAGAACUGAGACAGAAAUUCAGUGUCAUCCCUGGUGUCUGGCCUUGGGGCCUGGUGGGAUGGCGUGUUGGUUUCUCUCCUAGCCUGUGGACUGGAAACUCACCCCUUAAAGGUAGUGUGAGCCUGGGCAAGUGACUAGGCCUUUCUGAGCUUCAGUUUCUUCAUCUGGAAAAUGGGGAUAAUAGUCAUAACAUUGUUGUACGGAUUAAGUGAGAUAAUUCAAGCUCUUAGACCCUGCCCUGGCCUGUAGUGAGCACUCAGGAUGUGUUGAUCUCUGUGCUCCCGCCUCCGAAGGUGCUCUGGCCAGCUGAAAGGCCCCUCCCACCUGGGUUCCCUCCAUUGGCUCUUGUAGUUAGUGCUUUUUUGACAUCUGAGAAUGUGGGCCCAGGCCUUGCCCUCUUCCCCUCCCGGAUGUCACCGAAACCUGAGGUGCCCAGAGCCUCAGGGGACUGGGCAUGGGGUGUCCUGCUCCAUCCGGAGGCACCUCCCAGUGACUUUUGGGCCCCACCUUUGGGUCAUGUGGUAGCUGCCUCUCUAAAAGCUCCCAGCUGGGGCCCUGUUGCCUUCUGAACAGCCUGGUGGCCAGGCGUCUGUCUGCAGACGCUGUGCCCAGCAGGGAGGUGGGCUCAAGACACAACAGGGCUGGGGACAGCUUCCCCGUCUCUCAGACGUGUGUGGGUCUGUGCUGUCCACUCCUCCUCCUGUGCCUGCUGGACUUGCCUCGCUCCCCACCUGCGGUGCUCAAGUCGCCUCGUCUCCUCAGGCCUCGAGCCGCUCAGAGCCCCAGUUGGAGCAGCCAUGACCCGCUGGAUGUCCCUCCAGGCCUCAAGGCCACCUAAACCUGCCCCCUGCGAGCUGGUGGCCUCCUGCCGGCAUCUAAGCACCUCUGCCUGGAAGGUCCAGGAAACUGGGGCUGAGCCAUCUUCUCGGCGCAGUCCCCGGGGUACCCACAAUCACCGGCUCCCUGCCUCCUGGGCUGGGCGGAAGCAGCAUCCACCAUUCCAGCCUCAGGCCUCAGCUCCUCAGACCCAUGGAGCCACCCCACCCGGAGCCGGCUUGGGGGAGAGCCAGGGCCCCCCUGUCCCCGGGAUGACCUCAGCCGGCAGGGCCAACCCCUACAGUAUCGUGUCAUCAGAGGAGGACGGGCUGCACCUGGUCACCAUGUCGGGUGCCAACGGCUUCGGCAACGGCAAGGUGCACACUCGGCGAAGGUGCCGAAACCGCUUCGUCAAGAAGAACGGCCAGUGCAACAUUGAGUUCGCCAACAUGGACGAGAAGUCGCAGCGCUACCUGGCUGACAUGUUCACCACCUGCGUGGACAUCCGCUGGCGCUACAUGCUGCUCAUCUUCUCACUGGCCUUCCUCGCCUCCUGGCUACUGUUCGGCGUCAUCUUCUGGGUCAUCGCCGUGGCUCACGGUGACCUGGAGCCGGCCGAGGGCCGUGGCCGCACGCCCUGCGUGAUGCAGGUGCAUGGCUUCAUGGCAGCCUUCCUCUUCUCCAUUGAGACACAGACCACCAUCGGCUACGGGCUGCGCUGUGUGACGGAGGAGUGUCCCGUGGCCGUCUUCAUGGUGGUGGCGCAGUCCAUCGUGGGCUGCAUCAUCGACUCCUUCAUGAUUGGCGCCAUCAUGGCCAAGAUGGCGCGGCCCAAGAAGCGGGCACAGACGCUGCUGUUCAGUCACAACGCCGUGGUGGCCCUGCGCGAUGGCAAGCUCUGCCUUAUGUGGCGUGUGGGCAACCUGCGUAAAAGCCACAUCGUGGAGGCCCACGUGCGGGCCCAGCUCAUCAAGCCGAGGGUCACCGAGGAGGGCGAGUACAUCCCCCUGGACCAGAUCGACAUCGACGUUGGCUUUGACAAGGGCCUGGACCGCAUCUUCCUCGUGUCACCCAUCACCAUCCUGCAUGAGAUCGAUGAGGCCAGCCCACUGUUUGGCAUCAGCCGGCAGGACCUGGAGACGGAUGACUUCGAGAUCGUGGUCAUCCUGGAGGGCAUGGUGGAGGCUACAGCCAUGACCACGCAGGCCCGCAGCUCUUACCUGGCCAACGAGAUCCUGUGGGGCCACCGCUUCGAGCCUGUCCUCUUUGAGGAGAAGAACCAGUACAAGAUCGACUACUCCCACUUCCAUAAGACCUACGAGGUGCCCUCCACGCCGCGCUGCAGCGCCAAGGACCUGGCAGAGAACAAAUUCCUGCUCCCCAGUGCCAACUCCUUCUGUUACGAGAACGAGCUGGCCUUCCUGAGCCGCGAUGAGGAGGACGAGGCAGAUGGAGACCAGGAUGGCCGCAGCCCCCAGGUCCGGCAUGACUUUGAUAGACCCCAGGCCGGUGGUGGUGGCUGCGGCCUCGAACAGCGGCCCUACAGACGGGAGUCAGAGAUCUGAGCCGCCAUUGGCCAAGUCGAAGCGUCCACCCCGCCAGGGAGAGGCCCGGUGUCCCACAGGGGCCCCGGGUUUGAGCAGAACGGGCCAGGUGCCCUGGUUGCAGACUCAGUAGCGUUUUAGAUGUUUUAUGUUUCUUCACAGUGGCCUGGUAAGGUUGGCGGGAGAGUGGGUGGUCAGUGGGCUGCCCCUGGCCUCAGAGUUCGGAGCAGGUGAAGGGACAGGGAGGUGGCCUCAUGGGGUCCAGACCAAGAGCCAGGGGCUUCUGCCUGAGGCUAGAACUGCAGCCUGCCCGGAAUCGGCUCGACAGCCACCCAGCCUCUGUGGGCAAAGGCUGGCAGGCUGCAGUGCGCCUCGCUGGUUUUUAACUGGGGGAGAAGCACCGGUUUUGGCUUUCUCAACCUUAGCUUGAGUAAGACUGUUUACAAAAAAAAAAAAAAAAGAAAUUAACA